CAGAAAACUUUUUGUGAUAUUUAGAAAAUGUUUUAGAAUUUCCGUUAAGGUGAUUUUACGGGAUAUUUACGGAAAGGCUAGGAGAAAAUAUGCCGGGUAGAAUUUAAAAAGCAUGAACAUAUUUCAUAUUCCUGAGUAUUCCAACUUCAAGCCUGCCUGUUGGACAGUCCCUAUCACAGCGUAAAAUGUAUGCACAACCUCCACUACGAGGUCAGACUACGAGGUCAGAGAAUUCGAUCUGCCUGGCUGGCUGCUGAAAAUAGAAUGAAAAGCUUUAUAAAUUAUUCAGACAAGAGAGUUCGAUUUCGUUUUCUUUUCGCAAUGGAGUCUCUCUUGAAAAACCUCAAGAAACAAGUCACAUGUUCGAUCUGUUUGGAUACUUUCACCAAACCCAAGACCGUAGCUUGUCUUCAUACCUUCUGCUGUGAGUGCUUGCAGAAACACGCAUUAGCCAGCCAAUGGCAAGGAAAAUUUCGUUGUCCGGAGUGUCAAACCGAACUUAGCAUCCCUGAAGGAAAUCGUUUCGAUAAUUUGCCGACCAGUUUUCUCCACAACAGUUUGUUGAAUCUUCUUGCUGUUCGAGAAAGUGGCGAUGGAAGCCAAAUCAGCUGCGGUAUUUGCAAGAAAAAGAGGACUAAAAUGAGCUAUUGCUUUGAUUGCGAAAAGUUGUUGUGCCAUGAAUGUUUGAAAGCCCAUGAAGCGUUCCAAGCCGCCGCGGCUGCGUUUGAAGGGCACAAAGUCACGCCAGUUAAACAGUUUCAAGCCCAAGACUACGAGGCCUUGUUAAAGCGACAAUCCUUUUGCUCACAGCAGUACCACCAGAGAGAGGUAACGAGGUUUUUCUGCCUUGAUUGUCAAACUUGUGUUUGUCAAGUUUGUAUUGUCACAGAUCACAAGAAUCACAGUAUUGAUCCGCUUGAAAAAGCAGCUGAUGACGAGAAAGCAAACAUCAUGUCGGGAAUCGAGUCGAUGAAAGAAAAGAAAAAGGUUUACACUGAUCUGAUGCGUGAAGUCGAGGAGGCAACUUCCAAGCUAAAAGAUAAAAUUACCACAGCUAUAGAUGAAGUUUCCCAAGCUGCCAACUUAAUAAUUGCUAAGAUUCAAGAAUGUAAGCAGGAAGCCAUUACCGCGCUCCAAAACAAACUUGAGUCGAAAACGGAGAAAUUAAACUGUAUCAACAAACAGAUACAGUCCUCGAUCAAGCAUAUCGAUCAAGCAGUGGAGUUUGCAAAUAACCUUGUUCAAAGUAGCUCAAGCUCAGAUAUCAUACAAAGCAAGAAGAAUUUAGCACAGCGAUUUGAAGAUCUUAGCAAGACUCCAGUACCAGCCCUUCCGGUUAGCUCAUUCGUGAAGUUUGUCUCGACUGUUGCACCUAUGAGUUUCAACCUGGGUUUCGUGGCAACAAGCGAAAUAGAUGUACAUCGCUCCACAGUUCAGAAAAUAACUGAAAAUCUCCAAGCUGGUUUACAAGCAGUUUUCCUCGUCUGCCCUAAAAUAUCUAAAGGAGAACUGUCGAGUGAAAGUAAAGUGGGAUUUCACGUUGAAGUUCUUGUGGAACCCGCUGAACAAGAAGGAAGUUUGACUAUUAGUGAAAAAGACGAUAGAAUUUUCCAAGUCAAAUUUAUACCAAAAGUACCAGGUACGUAUAACAUCACAGUUAAGAUAAAUGGCGAAAAACUUGCUAAAAGUCCUUUCACUGUCCAAGUGGCCGAAAGACAGCUACAUAUUGUGGACGAGUUAGAUUUAAAAGGAGAAAUUCCUCAAAAGCCUUAUGGGAUUGCUGUUAAUAAUAAAGGCCUUAUCGCGGUAGCUGACAAUAAAAGAAACUGUGUCCUGAUAUUCGAUAAGGAAGGAAAGUUUGUGCGAAAACUCGGCUGUUAUGGGGAGAAUCCGGGAGAGUUGGACAGUGUAGCUGGCGUCACAUUCCUGAAUGACGACGACAUUCUGGUGGCAGAUGAAUUGAAUCACCGUAUUCAGCAAUUUAAUGUACAGACAGGGAAUUUUGUGAAAAGCUUUGGAAAGAAGGGGACAGGAAAAGGCGAGUUUCAGGAUCCAGUAAGCGUUUGUAUGGACGAUGAAGGACGUGUUGUUGUAACCGAAUACUAUAACAACCGAAUCCAAGUCCUCACAAAGGAUGGUAAAUCUGUGUUUAAAUUUGGAGACAGCGGCUCAGAGAAGCUCUACAAACCAACUGGAUGCAUUUAUCACAAAAACAUGUUUAUUGUAUCUGACUGCUGGAACCAUUGCUUGAAAGUGUUUGACAGUUCAGGGAAAUUUUUGUACAAGAUAGGAGAAAAGGGCUAUGCUGAUGGACAGUUCUCUUAUCCUUGGGGUUUGUGUGUUGAGAAAUAUGGCAAUCGUCAAAACCUUCUUGUAUGUGACAGACGCAAUGGUCGCAUUCAGCAGUUCACAGUGGAAGGUUGUUUCACUGGCAAGACGGUUACUGAUCUUCAAAAACCAACAGACAUAGCUACAACACCAGAUGGUCGUGUUUUGGUUUCGGAGGCCGUGUUAAAACGAUUAAAAUAGAUGUCCUAAAAUUUUAAAUUGGCAAAAUGAAAAUGAGAACCUUGAAGCACUUUUACGUUUUCCACCUAACGAGUAUGAUAUAAUAUUAGAAACGUUUCUUAGCAAUAAGACAAUAUCUCACUUAGAACUUCUCAGUCUUUCAGGUUUACAAUGAUUUGGGUACAAACUAUUGCAAAGCAGCCUCUAAAUUCAGCAGCCCUAAAUCAAAUCGAGGUUAAUUUACUUUUGUUGUUCUAAGUGUGUAUCAAUUAUUAUGAAUAAGACAAAAGACAGGCUUCGUCCUAAACGCACUCUUAUGACGAUACACGUAUUCAUAGAUCUAGUUACCUUUUGCCGAAGAUACUGAGUCAUAUCUCAUUAAUUGAAUAGUAUUGAAUAGUAUUCAUUUACUUUCAUUGUCAUAAAUAGAGAGAGGCUUUUGACAUUUAGGACAUUCCUACUCGCUGUGCAUUUUUUGCCUUACCAACCAAUGAGAAACAGCGCAAAGAUCGCUUUAAUUUGACGUCAUCAGUACAGAAUUUCUUGGUGCGAGACUGAGAAUGAGGGUGCGAUGA